GUCUUUUCGAUACGAAAUAAUUUUUUUCUCUCUCUCUUUUUUUUUUACCCCUUUUUUCACUUUUUAUUUGAUUUCAACAAUGGCACAAGUAGCAAAGCCUCAAGCAGCAAAGACCAACAAUGGUAAUUUCCAAGACAAAGAAAAGCCCAUGGAAGUCCGUAUGUCUAACAUCACGGCUGCUAAAGCUGUUGGCGAUGCGAUCCGUACUUCUCUAGGUCCUAGAGGCAUGGAUAAAAUGAUUCAAACCGGUAGUGGUGAAGUGGUGAUUACAAAUGAUGGUGCUACUAUUCUUAAGCAUAUGGCUGUUCUUCACCCUGCUGCUAAAAUGCUUGUUGAUUUAUCUGCUGCACAAGAUGUUGAAGCUGGUGAUGGUACUACUUCAGUGGUUGUAUUAUGUAGCUCUUUAUUGGCUGCUGCUGAAAAGAUGCUGAACAAAGGUAUUCACCCUACCACCAUUGCUGAAUCUUUUCAACGUGCUGCUGCCCAAUCUGUUGAAUUCUUAACAGAGAUGGCCACACCUGUUGAUCUUUCUGACCGCGAGUCCCUUUUGAGAGCUGCUUCUACCUCUCUUAACUCCAAAAUUGUGUCUCAAUACUCUACUUUAUUGGCUCCUAUUGCUGUUGAUGCAGUCACUCGUGUCAUUGAUCCCUCUAUUGCCAACAAUGUCAACUUGAACGAUAUCCGUGUUGUAAAGAAAGUCGGUGGCACCAUUGAUGACACUGAAUUAAUAGACGGCCUUGUCUUGAACCAGACUGUCGUUCGUUCUGCUGGUGGACCCACGCGUAUCGAGAAGGCCAAGAUUGGUCUUGUCCAAUUCCAAUUGUCUCCUCCUAAGCCUGACAUGGAAAACCAGAUUGUGGUAAACGACUACCGACAGAUGGACAAGAUCCUCAAGGAAGAACGUCAAUAUUUGCUCAACAUCUGUAAAAAGAUCAAAAAGUCAGGCUGUAAUGUGCUCUUGAUUCAAAAGUCUAUUUUGCGUGAUGCUGUAAAUGACUUGGCUCUUCAUUUCUUAAGCAAGUUAAAGAUCAUGGUUGUCAAGGAUAUCGAACGCGAUGAAAUUGAGUUCAUUGCCAAGUCACUCGGUUGUAAGCCUGUGGCUGAUAUUGAGUCCUUCACAGACGAUAAGCUGGGUUAUGCUGAUUUGAUUGAAGAAUCUGAAAAUGCCGGUGCUCGUAUUGUCAAGGUCACAGGCAUGAAGCACGCUGGUAAGACGGUCUCUGUCAUUUGCCGUGGUGCCAAUUCACUUGUGCUUGAAGAAUCUCAUCGUUCUCUUCACGAUGCUCUUUGUGUUGUCCGUUGUUUGGUCAAGAAGAAGUUCUUGAUUGCCGGUGGUGGUGCUCCUGAAAUUGAAAUCUCUCAAAAAUUGAUGGAAUAUGCCAAGACAUUGACAGGCAUGGAACAAUACUGUUUCCAGGCAUUUGCUGAAGCACUUGAGAUCAUCCCCACCACGUUGGCUGAAAAUGCUGGUUUAAAUCCUAUCGCUAUUGUGACUGAAUUAAGAAACAAGCAUGCUCUUGGUGAAAAGACAGCUGGUAUCAACGUCAAGAAGGGUACCAUCACAAAUAUCUUGGAUGAAAAUGUCAUUCAGCCUUUAUUGGUCACUUCCAGUGCUCUUGAAUUAUCUGCUGAAACUGUCAAGAUGAUUAUGAAGAUUGAUGAUUUGGUUCAAAGUCGAUAAAUACAUUAUUCCAUUCCUUAUUAUUCUAAUUUAGAGACCCCCCUCUUUUCCUUUUCUCCAUUCUAUUUGCACAAUUCACAUCAAUUAAACAUCAUUUUUGUAAGGC